ACAGCCACGUGACCGCUGGAGCCGCUUUGCUGCUGAAAUUUCUAUGAUGGCGGCCAGUAAUUAUUAUGGAUUUACACAUGCAGCUUCUGCAGCCGCCGGACCACAGUACAGCACCCAGCCGCCGCCCCCUGCGUAUUCCCACCCAACCACGGGCAGCUAUAACGUUCAGCCCGCCCCUGGAGUGGCCCACGCUGUCACAGCCUCAUACCCUGCAGCUACUGCCCAACCCGUUCGGCCCGCAGUGACCGCCCCCUUCCCCACCUACCAGCCCAUUCCUGCCCCGAACUACGCCUACCGCCAGCCCGAACCUUCCCAGCAACCGACGACCACCCCUCAAAGUUACCAGGUGUUACCCGAACCGGUCAGUUUUGAGACUUAUACUUACGGGCAACCACCAGCAGUCAGCAGUUACGAGAACAAGCAGUACUUUCAAACGAGCAUCACACCUGCGCAACGAACCGCAACUGAGGCCUACUUCCAGUCAGGCCUGAAAAGUGGCUACACUCCCGCGAGCACGGCGUACAGUCAGCCUCCGGUUCAAAGACAGGUUGCAACUCUGAAACCGCCACCGCCUCCUGGUUCAGUGUCCUCAAGCUACUCAAUCUACCCCACGUCAACCAGCGUUCAGCAACCUCCAACCCCCAUAUCCACUUACACACCCAGUUCUACUUUCAACUCUACAGCUGCUACAUCUUACUCUGCCGUUCUUAGCUAUUCCAGCUAUGACUCCAGCAUUUACACGUCCACACCAUCGUACUUCCAGCCGGCACAACUGGCCCAGCCGCAACCGCAGCAGCCCCCCCAACAGCAGCAAACACAACAAGCCCCCAAACCGCUCAGCAAUUCGUCCUGGAGCAACGCCAGGAGCAGCGUAGUCUCCAGUCCCGUUGUUAGCACAUACAAGAAGCCCAUGUUCCACCAGAAUAAGAUCCAGAAACCCAAAGGCCCACCAAAACAACCACAGCUGCACUACUGUGAUAUCUGCAAGAUAAGCUGCGCUGGGCCACAGACGUAUCGAGAGCACCUGGAUGGUCAGAAGCACAAGAAGAAAGAAGCGGCGCAGAAGAGCGGAAGUCAGGUGACCAAUGGACCUCGCGGCAUCCAGACGCAGCUGCGCUGUGAGUUGUGUGACGUCUCGUGCACCGGCACGGAUGCUUAUGCCGCGCACAUCCGCGGAGCCAAGCACCAAAAGGUGGUGAAGUUACACACCAAGCUUGGCAAACCUAUACCUUCCACAGAGCCAGUUUUCGUAAGCUCUGCCCUUGUUACCACUACGAUGACUACUGGCAAAACAGUGGCUGCCACGGCAACAGCUCCAACCCCAACUGCUGUGCCGCGCAAGACACCAGUGGCAACUCCUUCCAAAGCCACACCACCUCCUGCGAAGAAACCCGCCCCUGUUAAAGUUACCGUUGCUGUGAAUAAAACAUCUUCAGCAGCUCCUGUAAAGAUAGAGGAGGUGAAGCCACUCAUGAUGAAGAUGGACCCUAUGAGUGAUGAUGAGGAUGGUGACAGUACAGGACCUCAGGGAGACAUUCAGCCUGUAGGACACGAUUAUGUAGAAGAGGUUCGUAAUGAUGAUGGUAAGGUGAUUCGCUUCCACUGCAAACUGUGUGAAUGCAGUUUUAACGACCCCAACGCUAAAGACAUGCACCUGAAGGGCCGCAGACACAGGUUGCAGUAUAAGAAAAAAGUGAAUCCAGACCUCCCAGUGGAGAUAAAGCUCAGUAAUCGAGCUCGGAAACUUCUAGAAGUCAAACUGAGGAAACAGAAACAGAAAUCUGUGCUGAAGAGACAACAAGAGGACGAGCAGCGCUGGCACAUGGAAAUGAGGAGGUACGAGGAGGACCUGUACUGGAGGAGGCUGGAGGAGGAUCAGUUAUACUGGGGGGAGGGGCCGAAAUAUAGAAUGGCCCCGCCCCCUCUCAUGGGCCGGCCCAGUGUGCCCGUGCCCCCCCUACUGCCGGUUCGGAGGCCGGACACCCCCGAUGACCGCCACAUCAUGGCCAAACACUCCGCCAUCUACCCCAUGGAGGAGGAACUUCAGGCCGUGCAGCGAAUCGUGUCACAUUCUGAGCGCGCUCUCAAGCUGGUGUCUGAUUCGCUGCUGGAGGAGGCGGCGUCCACCUCAGACGACAUCACAGACAAACACUCGGAGUGUCAGGCUCGUGUUCUGAAAGGAGUGAUGCGUGUGGGAAGCCUCGCUAAAGGUCUUCUUCUGCGUGGUGACCGCAACGUCCAACUCAUCCUGCUUGCAGCCAAGAAACCAACUGUAUUGUUGCUGAAAACCGUCGCGGAACAGCUGCCCAAACAGCUAGCGAGCUUUUCUGAAGAUCAGUAUGAGGUGCAGGUGCACACUGAAGAAGCCAGCAUCAUCAUUUUAUCAAGCAAGGAACCAAAAAUGCAGGUCACCAUCUCUCUAACAUCACCAGUGAUGCGUGAAGACCCCGCCCCCAACAUGGAGAAAGUUCCAGAGAAGGACCCUCCAGAUGUUCUCAACAGGACCAAGUGCCUUGAGUAUCUAGCAGCUCUCCGUCAUGCUAAAUGGUUUCAGGCUCGGGCUAAUGGUCUUCAGUCCUGCGUGAUCAUUAUACGCGUUCUGCGCGACCUGUGUCAACGUGUACCUACCUGGGGCAAGAUGCCCGACUGGGCCAUGGAGCUGCUUGUAGAAAAGGCCAUUAGCAGUGCGUCAGGACCCCUCAGUCCAGGAGAAGCUCUGCGGAGAGUUCUGGAAUCCAUCGCCACUGGAAUCCUCCUACCAGAUGGUCCUGGUCUUCUUGACCCUUGUGAGAAAGGUCAAACAGAUGUUCUGGGGAGCUUGUCGAAACAAUCCAGAGAGAAUGUGACCAUGAGUGCCCAGCACGCAUUGCGACUGCUGGCUUUCCGUCAAAUCCAUGAAGUUCUCGGGAUGGGCUCCUUACCCGUCUCCAAAGCUGGAGCUCGAAACCGCAAGAGACGAAGAGAAGGCAGUGACAACGGAGAGGGAGAAGGCGAAGGAAAGAAAGACAAAAAGGACGAUUCUCAAAAUGCUUGAAAGUUGGCGAAGUCAACGUAAUCCUAAAAAUAAAAAUUAUUAUAUUCUUUUUUUUUUAAUGUACAAAUAUCACUCAAAGAGAAGAAAAAUGCUAGACUUGAUUGUUUCGUUUGUCAAAAGAAGGAAAAGAGAUGGACAAAAAAGUAGUUGUUCCCCUUUUAUGAUGUAACGUGUCUUGUAUUACAUCUGAGCUGAAAAAAGAUCGAAAUGCUACUAACAUUUAAAUGCCGUGAACGCAUUCCAUUUUCAGUGAAAUGGGUUACGGCUAAAUGUUACUAGAGAUAAGCAACUGACCUGCAUCUUAUAUUAACAGCUACUUAACAUCACUUUUGCUCUAUUAGGCACUUUCACAUAUUAAUAGCACUUAAUUAAAAGCUUUAACCAUCACGAUACAGGCCAGUCUUUUGUAAUGUUUACAUAUACAGUGUGUGAUAUAUACAGUGGCAAGAAAAAGUAUGUGAACUUCCUUUGGAAUUAGUUGUGCAUUAAUUGGUCAUAAAAUGUGAUCUCAUCUUCAUCAAAGUCUAGACAAACAAUGUGCUUAAGCUAACAACACACAAACAGUUAUAAUCUUUCAUGUCUUUACUGAGCACAUCCCAUUAAACAUUCACAGUGCUGUGGAAAAAGUAGGUGAACUCUUGGAUUUAAUAACUGCUAUGGCCCUUUUUACGCCAUACGUAGUGAUAAGUGUUCUUCCCAAACAAUUCAACCUUAAUUUCAUCAGUCCAUCACUUUCAAGUAGCGUUGUGGAGUGUCAAGGUUGUCUUUGGCAAACUUCAGGCGUGCAGCAGUGUUUUUGUUGGAAAGCAGCGGCUUCCUUCGUGGUGUCCUGCCAUGGACACCAUGCAUGUUCAGUGUCUUUCAUAUAGUAGGCUCGUGAACAGAGAUGUUAACCAGUUCCAGUUCCUUCAAGUCUUUAUCUGUCACUCUAGGGUCCGUUUAUACCUCAUUGAGCAUUCUGCGGUGUGCCCUUUGAGUCAUCUUGGCUGGACGGCCACUUCUAGAGAGAGUACCUAUAGUACUAAAUCAUCUCCAUUUAUAGACAGUUUGUCUAACUGUGGACAGAUGAAUAUCUAAGCUCUUCUAGAUAUAUUUGUAAUGCCUUCCAGCUUCAUACAAAGCAACUAUUCUUGAUUGUAGGUCUUCUUAGAUCUCAUUUUUUCGAGGCACUGUCUACGUUAGCGGAUGCUUCUCGUGAAUAGCAAAUUCAAAAUGUUUGAGUAUGUUUUAUAAGUCAAAGUAGCUCUAACCCACACCAGGUUUGCCAACUCCUGACUCUAAUUAGCUUCUGUUGACGUCAUUAGCCUAGGGGUUCACAUACUUUUUCCAGCCUGCACUGUGAAUGUUUGAAUGAUGUGUUCAAACUGUACAAGAACAAUACUAUUUGUGUGUUAUUAGUUAAACAGAUUGUGUUUGUUCUUUAUUGUAAUUUAGAUGACGUUCAAACCAGAUUUUAAGACAAAUUUAUACAUAAAUGAAGGUAAUUCCAAAGGGUUCACAUACUUUUUCUUGCCACUGUAUAUACACAUGCAGUGGGGUCCAAAUGUCUGAGAUCACUAGAGAAAAUGCUUCUAUUUUUCAUUUUUCCAGUUUUUUAAUUACAAAUUAUAUUAUUAGCGUAACAAUUUGAUUGAAAAGGUUAAUUAAAAAAACAUCAAUUUCAGAUUUUCUUAAUGUCCCCUUUUGCUUUUAAAUGACAAAAUGCACUUGAACUGGCAUGAUUCAUGUGCAUUUUUCGUGUUAUUCGAUAAGAAUUCAGAAUAUUCCAGUGAGCAUCAUGUUUGCUUCCAUAGAAACCGUAAGAACAUUUGCAACAAUUUUUUAAUUAGUGACAGUUUUAAAUCUUCCAGAAUUCUAAAAUAUUUGAUCUACAGGUUUAAAUUAGAUUUUGAGUCCUUGAUUUUCAAAAUGGUCCCAGACUUUUGGAUUUUAUUUGAUAUAUGAUUAUAUAAUACUUUAUAAUAAUAUUAUGUAUGAUGUGAAUGCAAAGAAAUAAGUUCCUCUAUUGUGUAUCUUAAAGAAAAUGGUUUUAAAAUGAAAAGCUAAUAACGUCUUUAUUAAUAAGCUGUUUAAAGCAACACAGAAUCAGGAAGUAUAUUCUGCUGUGCUUUUUGUGUUUUUUUUGUUUUUUUUAAUAACGUUACACUGGAUUUGUACAAGUUAAAAAGAUCAGAUUUAUAAUUCAUCAUACAACUACAUUUAAUCAUAGAGCGCACAAAAAUAGAUUUUCAUAACUUCGUGAGUGCUGCAAUCAUUAUUUGAUUUGCGUUGUUGUGUAGCGAAUAAUCAUUUGUCAUUUUAACGUUGAGAAACUGGUGUUUCAACAGGGUAAAGGUGUUGUUCUCGAAAUGAACAACACAUACAAAACGUACUUCUGUGGUUCUUCACUCGUGCUUGCGGUAAAGUUCAAACGAGCAAUUUAAAGUGCUUGAAAUGUGAAAUAAGGAGGUGAAUUUCCAGUUCUUCAUAUUGCAAUAUAAUCUAAUGUAAUACCUCUCUAUUCGUACAUUUUUAUAAGAGGAAAAUCUUAAGAGAGAUGCACAUUGUUGUGCGGUUUGCUAGGAAGAUUGCUAUUAAUAUAUUUAAUUAUUAGUAGUAUAUUGAUUAUCUCUGUCGCUUGAAUUACGUUCUGCCACCUUUUCAAUGUAUAAUGCAAAAAUUUACCCUGCAUUUUAAAAGUAUUCCUGCUGUGUGUUUGUUAUCGUUUGUAGGAAUGUGAAAAUAACAGUGUGAACUUUUAUUUGAAUAUCUAUAUAGUGCUGCUUCACUAAAUAAAUAUAUAAAACUA